AUGGCCUCUUUCCAAGUUGAGAUUGUCCCAUUCUUCCAAAACAAUCUUAACAACUUGGACCUAGGCGAUCUUUGGGUUCACCAACCACAAUGGCAAAGCGCCGCUACCGCGUCCGAUGCCACACUCCAGUGUGACACCAGCAACAGCAGCAACAAUAACGACGACAACAACAAUAAUAAUAAUAGUGAGAGCACGGACGAGUGCACAAACAAACACUGCAGGGACAAAUGGGCUCGGGCGCGGGAAAUCGUAUUUCCCGCAGAAUCCGACACCAGUGCCGGUGCGAGCCCCGCUCGUCCGGGAAACCCGAACGCGGGGGGCGUGUCGUCCCUGGUCCAGAAGUGGAGGGGGUUCGAGCGGGGUGCGCCACCCCCGCCUCCCCUCCCUCCAAGUGCCCCAGUCGCGAUGGACGACGACUCCGUCAUCGGCGACUGGGAGUCCGAUCGGACCGUUGCAAGCGGCAGGUCGUCCAUCCGCGGCCGGAUGUCAGACGUCACGGAGAACGACAGGCUGAGGGUGUCCGACAUCAUCAGGAGGCUGACACCCAACGAAGCCUGCUGCGCCUCUCCUCCCCGGACCCGGCCGUCACUCGAUCAGGCCGACCCUAGGCCUACGGCCUCGCCGGCGCUGCGCAUCCGGGGCCGGCAAGCCUACCUCGACUUCCUCGCACGGAGGGAGAGGGAUCAGCGCAGGGAGAUCGACGCGGUCCAUGCUCGUAAAUCCGUCUCCAAAUUCCCUCAUCGCGUCCGCAUUCCCAUUGAGCCAAAAAUACCUAAGCCAAGAGUGAACCAAAAGGGCCAAAGCACUACAACAGUGCAUUUCGAGAAAGAGGCAAAAGACAAGACAACAAACGAUGAAGCAAGAAAACAAGACAAAAGGUGUAAUAACAACGGGAAGAGUUGUCUGAGAGCACAACAAGACAUCAUCCACUACGAAGAAACCACAUACAUCAAGCAAGAAACUAGGGUUAACACAGGUGAAGAAACAUCCAAAUCCGAAGAAAUCAAUAAGCAAGACGACGACAACGACAACAACAAUAAUGAUGGUGGUGAUGGUGGUGGUGAUUGCAGUAGCCAGCUGCAGAUGGUGGAGACUGAGGCCUACUGGGUGGCCGAUUUCGCCCAUCCCGAAGGGGGAUGGGAGGAAUCCCAGAUGGGAGAAGAGAUCAACACGGAUUGGAUCGAACAAGUGUCGCGGCCGCGCAGCGACUGGGAGUGUCUAAGGCAGGAGAGGUAUCAAGAGAUGCUUGAUCCGUUUGCAGAGAAUGAAGAGAUUCGUUCACUCCUAUGCAGGAAGAGUGUGUCAAAUUUCCUAACGAGUGAGCUGAAGGACAAGAUAGAUCAACUUAUGAUAUGUCGCAGUCAGGGAGAUCAAAGACAAAACAAUAAAGUGUUUAAGGAAGGAGGAGGAGGAGUUCAUCAAGCGGCAAAAUAUUUUGUUGAAUAUGAUAAAGAAGGUGAGAGGCAACAGUUUGGUGAAUGUCAAGAAUAUGUGGAUGCUUCCGCAGCCACACCUCAUGCUGAUCAUAAUGAGAAAGAUGAGAGUGAGAAGCUGAAGUGUGAAGAGCCAAACGAGUGCUCUUAUCAAGCUGCAUCUCCCUCCACACCAUAUGCUGAGAAUGAGAUGAAUGAGAGUGAGAAGCACAAGUGUGAAGAGCCGAGUGAGUGCUCUUUUCAAGCUGCCUCUCCCUCCCCACCGCAUUCUUCCACGAACUAUUGCUCUCUGGACCUCACCGGUCGGACCUCCACCUUCACUGCUCAUUCUACAUUUGAAAUGGAGAUCAUAUAUGACCUGAGAAGGCACAUGGAGCAGCUGCACCAAGAGAUAUCCGAGCUGCGAAAAUCGAUGAAAUGUUGCACCGAUAUGCAGAUCAAAAUGCACCGCUCCAUCAAGAAGGAAGUUGCGGCCGCUGUCGCUCAUCCCGCAGAUGCAAAGAACGGACGACGCCAUUCAGUGAAACGAGGCGCCAGCAACGGGAGAAGAUGCUGCCUCUGCUGCAAAGUGCAAGUCGACUGCGUGCUGUACCGGUGCGGACACAUGUGCACCUGCUUCGACUGCGCGAACCAGCUCCACUGGAGCGGCCGCGGAUGCCCCGUGUGCAGUGCUCAGAUACUCGACGUCGUCCGCACGCAGUCCAAUUUUUGAAAUCUCUUCAAUCACUAUACAUACAUAUACAAACAAUUAACAAACACACCCUUUUUAUAUGUGAUGGAUCAUCAUCUUCAUCAUCGUUAUAUUUAAUUAUUAACAAUCCAAUUCCGUUGUAAUCUUGCCUAGCUCACCUCCACCGACUCGAUCUAUUUUAUUUGGUGGUGGAUUUUAGUAUGUAGAGACGAAUUUAUAACAAAUGUACAUAAGAAUAUUAUAUAUAUACAUAUAUAUAUAUAUGGUGGCCGGAUUGGUGCUAGG